AUGCCUAAGAAUAGCAACUUCGGCUCGCCUACGAACGACGUCGGCUCAAGCCCGGCGUUGAAUUUUUUUGUAACCUGCGGAGCAAUGGCGUUUACCGUCAAGCAAAUGUCUCUGAUAGUGGCAACCCUUGGAAUUUUGUCCUUUGUCUUUGGAGUUAUUGCUGAAAACAAGAAGCCUGCAGCCGGCAUUCCCAUAACAGGGAAAGGUGUAGUCAUCUGCAAGUACCCAGCUGAUCCAUCUGUGGCUUUAGGAUACUUGUCCAUUGCAUUUCUUAUUAUCUCGGGUGUUGCUGGUUGUAUUUCCCUUUUUCACCCUUACCAAGGAAAGUCUGUUCCCUGGGCGGCUUUCUUCCAGAACAAGGGAUUCCUCGUAUUUCUCAGUGUUGCCACGGCUACAUUCCUACUAGCGUUUGCAUUCUUGCUGUGGCCCACGAUCCAAGAGCAUAGCCACCGUGUGAACAACGUGCACCACAAUUUGGAAACAAAAUGCCCGACGGCCAAAACGGGUAUUCUAGGCGGUGGGGCCUUUCUGUCGCUUGAUUCUUGCCUCUUCUGGUUGGUUGCUCUAAUGUUGGCUGACAAUGUCCGUGCUGACUAUUUUGAAGAGUCGGAUGAGAAGGUCCCGACUAGCUAUGACACGGCCGAGCCACUUAAGGCAAUUGCUUGA